AUGCAUCCUGAUAUUUUAACUGGUCGACGAAAAAUUCGGCCAGUAGAAUCGAUUCCAGGAAUAUUGGAAGGAUGGCAGUUGACGUUUGACUUACGUGGUAUUCCAGCGGUUGAACCAUGCUUUGGAAAUAUUAAAGAAAAUCCUGAUUCUGAAAUUCAUGGUGUACUACAUAAGAUGACUAGUAAAGAAUUUAGACAUUUAAUGGCAACUGAAGGAGGAAGUGGAAUAGAUGCAAAUGGAUAUAUACCGAAAAAAGUCAAUGUGCAUGCUUAUGAUGGUCGUAUAAUUGAAGCCUAUGUAUUAGUAGUUCGUCAGACAAGUCCAGCUAUAUUAUAUCAUCAUGCAGUGCCUAGUCAUCGUUAUAUUGGUCUUCUACGUAAUGGUGCAACACACUAUAAUAUUCAUCCAUUAUACAUUGAAUAUUUACAAUCUUUACCUUCGAUUGAACGUAACAAACCUGUCAUGAUAUUAGUUACUAUUGAAAUAUUAUUACUAACUACAUUGUUGUCACCUAUUUGGAUUCCUGGAAUAAUUUAUUACGUAUGUACGAAUCAAAAGGCACAUGCUCGAUCAUUCUUUUUUACACUGAUGAUGACCAAUUUAUGGCGCAUCUAUCGUUUUUUUGGCAGAAAGAGAGUUAUUCAACCUUAUUAUUCUGCAUCGUUUCCUCGAGGAAGUACACAUUUCAAAGCAAAUACAGAGACCUUUCGUGCUGAAGUACAGAUCGAUGAGCAAACGUUACCAGAUACUGUAUCAGAUAUUUCAUCAGAACCGAUUUUAUCUUCAACAUCUCCUUCACUAAUCAAACAACGAAAGAUUAAUCAAAUUUUGGCUGAAGAAGCUGAACAGCAGUAUGAUGAAUAA